AUGCGCGAGCUUGAGCUCGUGACCUGGGACCCGCCCAAGGACGAGUCCGGUGGGCAGAUGUUCCCGUUCGCGCGGUGGCGCGACCUCUUCUCUAAGCUCAACACCUGGGCGCAGCUGGACUUCGCCCGCAUCGCCUUCUUUUGCAGCGGUCAAGGCGCUGCCUCAUUCCUGGACCUCGACGCGUUCCCUGUGCGCGACCUGGACCUCAUCUUCGGCGAGGGCGUGUCGCCGCGCCAGCGGUGCCGCGCUGAGCUGCUGCUGCCCGUGGACAGGAUCUACGAGGCCCAGAUCUGUGACUACGUCUUUGCAGACCACGGGCUCGCUGACAGCGUCAAUGUUGUGUAG